AGGCAGUUCUAGCUCUGCCCCGCCCCCUGCGUGGCCCCGCCCCUCGCGCCGGCGCCGUGCUCGCGGACUGGAGGAUGCAGUAACUGGCUGCGGGUCACCAUGGGCAGCAAGAUGGCGGCCGCCAGCAGGGUCGUUCAGGUAGUCAAGCCACAUACACCCUUAAUCAAGUUCCCGGACAGAAAAAAUAGUCCCAAACCUAAAAUGCAGGAAUCUCUACAAGCAAGGGUACCACCACUCCAUGCUUCAGCUGCACAGAUGUCUGUAGGAGACAGACCACCAGCCCUUCAAAACAUUUCAUCCAUUAGUAGAGUACAAGGCACACCAGACACGACAGAAUUAGUAAAAACAUUACCUCAAAAGUACAGGAGAAAGUUGAUGUCAGAUGAGGAGAUGGAAUACAUUCAACGUGGAGGUCCAGAAUAAUUACAGAAGAUAUUUGUUCACCACUGCUGAAUGAAUUACUGUAUUCACAUUAAAGGCCUUCCUCACUCUGAAUGUUAUAAACAGUUUGUUAAUAGCUUUAAUAAAGACCCUGUAUAAAGGGGUGAGAAAGUUGACACUUAGACCACUUCUCUUCUAAUGUAUGUUUCUGGGCCAGCUUUUCUGUUAAAAGCUGAUUAAGAUAAUUGUCUGAAUCCGCUUUAGAAAUCUACACUAUUAAAAUGUAACUUAAGUAAUAAAAUUGUCAAGAAUAUCUACUUUUGUAGCCAUUGUUGAUCCACAAACAAAGGUCCAGAUCUAGUGCAAAAUCUCUCAGGCCCAUAAGAUGAGCAUUGUA